CUCAGAUUCUAUUCAAACACCUCCUUUACAUUUUUUUUUUCUUCCACAAUUAGAAACUAUGGCGUUUGCUCUUCACAACCAAUAUAUGAAUCCGUUAAUUACACAUUCAUUUCAGCAGAAGAAUCAUAAUUACAGUUAUUUCUGCUACUGUACUACUCUUCAACUUAGGAAAAAUACUAGUAAUUGCUCAGCUCGACUCCGUACUUCACUCAUUAAAUCUUCAAGAGACAAAAAUCCUACAACUCUAUCCCAAAAUUCUAUUCAUGAUUCAAAUUCUGAUUCCGAGGAAAGUCGGGUCAAGAGUCCGGACCAUGACCCGGGACCCGACCCGGAUCUUCCAUCUUCCUCCUCAUCAUCAUUGUUGGAUUCAGUCACUUCCUUGCUGGAAGUGGUGAAAUUUGAUGGAAUUGGAUGGGAUAUUGUGUCCAUUGCGUUGCCCGCGGCGUUAGCUCUUGCUUCUGAUCCCAUUACUUCACUUGUUGAUACUGCAUUUGUUGGACAUUUAGGUUCAGUUGAAUUAGCAGCAGUAGGUAUUUGUGUAUCAGUUUUCAACCUCAUCUCGAAAUUGUUCAAUGUUCCUUUGCUCAAUGUCACAACUUCAUUCGUUGCUGAAGAGCAGGCAUUAAUUGCUAAAGAUAGUUCACCUGAUUCACAAAGCAAGAUACUACUUCCUUCAGUAUCAACUUCGUUACUACUAGCCCUUGGCCUUGGCAUUGCGGAAGCUGUUGGACUUUCUGUCGGCUCCGGUUUCCUGAUGAAUACCAUGGGUAUAUCUGUUGAUUCACCAAUGCGUGUACCAGCUGAGCAAUUCCUUACAAUGCGGGCCUUUGGAGCUCCGCCGAUCGUUAUAGCACUUGCUGCUCAAGGAACAUUUCGUGGAUUUAAGGACACAAAAACUCCUUUAUAUGCUGUUGGAGCUGGUAACUUGCUAAAUGCAUUAUUGUCUCCAAUUUUGAUAUUCCCCUUUGGUUUUGGUAUUAGUGGUGCUGCAAUUGCUGCUGUGAUUUCUGAAUACUUGACUGCUUCUAUCCUUCUGUGGAAGUUAAACGGGAAAGUUCUUUUUAUUGGUCCAGACAUUGACGUGGGAAGAUUUUCUCAGUAUCUUAAAUCUGGGGCCCUUCUAAUAGGGAGGACUUUAGCACUUCUAAUUACCACUACGCUAUCAACAGCACUGGCAGCACGAGAGGGCCCCGUGCCUAUGGCUGGUCACCAGAUCUGUGUUGAAGUUUGGCUAGCUGUAUCCUUGCUAACUGAUGCCUUGGCACUUGCUGGGCAGGCUCUCCUUGCCAGUGGAGUUUCUCAAGGUAAUUAUGGCCAAGCACGCGAAGUGGUUUAUAAAGUUCUACAGAUUGGUGCAUUGACAGGAGUUGCCUUGGGUUUUAGCUUGUUCAUUGGUUUUGGAGCGCUCUCCGGCUUAUUCAGCACGGAUUCUGAAGUUCUGGAAAUUGCCAGAUCUGGUACUCUGUUUGUUGCUGGAUCUCAGCCAAUAAAUGCCAUUGCCUUCGUUCUUGAUGGGCUCUAUUAUGGUGUUUCAGACUUCGAAUUUGCUGCAUAUUCUAUGUUUGUGAAUGGAAUAAUCUCCUCAAUCUUCUUACUUGUGGCUGCGCCAUUAUUCGGUCUUCCUGGUGUCUGGGCUGGACUUUUUCUCUUCGUGGCCUUGCGAGUUGUCGCUGGACUUUUGAGGUUACAAACAAGAGAGGGACCAUGGAAGUUUCUUCAGUCGGAUAUUGAACAGGAUAGUGUCUGACUUAAAAUGAGCAAGUACUUGAGUCUCUACUCUCUACAAUGGUCGGGAUUUGCAGAUCUUGGCAAACUCUAUUAGGCUUAUGCUAGUGAUGGUGUGAAUUGCUGAUCAUAUCUUAUACACAUAUUCAUAUCGUUAAGCUGGUCAGGAUAUAUGGACUCCUGAUUUCUGGAAGACCAUUCUACAGGCAAGUUGAUUUCAUCGGUCUCUCUGGUCUCAACUGAGGAGCUGACGAUUUCAAUUCGAGAUUACUAUUGUGGAGGUUUUAAGGACAACCAUCUCUUUUAAGGAUCCAUGAUCAAGCUACACGAUCUCAAUGACCACUAGAAAAAUCUAGCUAAAUUCUAACUUGGGAAAAACUUCUUCCAUUUUUCUCUGCUUUGUAAAAUAAUUCAAAUAGAGAGAGUUCGACCAAGUGAUCCUUGUAAAGUUGAACAGCUUAUUUGACACAUACAAUUGUAUGCUAAUGUAAAAGUCACAAUUCUUCA